GGAAGCAGAAGCUGCUUUGUACGCGCACACACACACACACACACACACACACACACACACACACAGUAGAGGAACCGUCAUUUUCCUACGUGCCCUCUGACAUCAGCCACCUUCUCUGUAGUGACAGUUUCUCUGCACUCAAAUUAAUCCCUGGCAAUGAAAAAUGAACCUCUCCCCCACCCGUGCUGCCGCCUGUUGCCUCACGCCCCCAGAGCGGAGUUUCUCCACGAGGCCGUCGGUGAAGGUUUUUUUCCAAGUCACAUGAUCCAGGAUGCAGGGGGAGAAUCCUUCUUGGAACCGAGAUGAGCCCAGAACCGAAUCAGAUGAGGAGAGAUAAGGUGUGAUGUGGGGAAGACUAUAUAAAGAAUGGACCCUGGGCCGCGGCAAGCACUCAGCCAAGGGGCCCCUCCUCGGGACGCAGCCAUGCACGUGCCGGCGGGCUCCGUGGCCAGCCACCUGGGGACCACGAACCGCCGCUACUUCUAUUUCACCACAGCCAUGCUGGCUCUGUGUCUCGUCUUCACUGUGGCCACCAUUAUGGUGCUGAUAGUUCAGAGGAUGGACUCUAUUCCCAACCCACCUGACAACGUCCCCCUUAAAGGAGGAAAUUGCUCAGAGGACCUCUUGUGUAUCCUGAAAAGGGCUCCAUUCAAGAUGUCAUGGGCCUACCUCCAAGUGUCAAAGCAUCUAAACCAAACCAAGUUGUCUUGGAACAAAGAUGGCAUUAUCCACGGAGUCAGAUAUCAGGAUGGGGAUCUGGUGAUCCAGUUCCCGGGUUGGUACUUCAUCAUCUGCCAACUGCAGUUUCUCGUGCAAUGCCCAAAUCAUUCCGUUGACCUGAAAUUGGAGCUUCUCAUCAACAACGAGGCCAAAAAACAGGCCGUGGUGACAGUGUGCGAGUCCGAAGUGCAAACCAAAAACAUAUACCAGAAUCUCUCUCAAUUUCUGCUGAAUUACCUGCAGGUCAACACCACCAUAUCAGUCAAGGUGGAUAAAUUCCAGUAUGUGGACACAGACACCUUUCCCCUUGAGAACGUGUUGUCCAUCUUCUUAUAUAGUAGUUCAGACUGAACAGUUUCUCUUGGGCUUCAGGAAGAAAACAACUCUCUAUAAUACAGUAUUUCGUCCAUCCAAACACUUGGGCAAAAAGAAAACUUUACACCAAGACUGAAACCACAAAGGAUAUUAAAUAGUAUACAUCUCCUUCUGUCUCUUGGAAAGAUAUAACUCCAGGGUUAAA